GGCAAUGUUGACACGUUUUUCGCGGAGACACUUUGACGGUGUAUAGACAGUUUGUUGUGUGGAAAUAGCAUGAGCAGCAAGUUUUUUUUUAUUUUAUUGAGAAAAAGUGAAUGCUCAAAAAAAACAAAAGAAAUUACGUUAUUUCUAAAAACGAAAGAGGCCACGUUGCAUAAAACUCAGUACUUGGUACUUGGUUGCAUUGUUUCAUCAAAAAAUGUUGACUAGAUUUUCACUAACACGUGUUCGAUAGUUGUGGGGCGCUUGAUUUGACUAUUUAAUAAGAUACCUAUACAUUAAAGCGAAGCACACUUUCGGGCGCUUAGGCGUACGUAGAAGUGGCGAUUUAUUUAGAAAAAUACUAACAAAAAUUCGAAAGUAAGUGGUCUGCAAAGACAGGUGUUUAAAGAGAAGUUACUUUGUAUAAGUAAGUAAAUAUAUGCAGAAGUGAGUUCUCUUGAGAAAAUAUUUAUUUUGCAUACAUUGAAAAGCGUGUAAAACUUGUGUAACAUUUUCGCAUGCCGGUGUGGUGCAGACUUGUUCGCAUUUGAAAUUCAAAUUUUCCGCGGCUGUUUAUGCAAACAUACUUUAAGGCGCUUAAGCCUCUGAAUGUAUUUGCUAACGAAGAUGAGCAUUUAUCGGCAUUAACUCAGCAAAGUUUGUUUGAGUUUCAUUACGUUGGGCUUCGAUCGUCGCUUACUUUAUACAUACUUGCAUACUUAUGCUAAUGUGAAAACGCCCACAGCCUGAGGUGAUACAAAUAACAGAGGAUUGGCGAGUGACGACGAUUAGUGAUCAGUGGAUGGCAAACAGAACAAAGUCAAAGACAGCUAAGCAAAUAAUCAAUAAAUUGCUUGAGAGUAUUCCAACACAAUUUCUCAAUGGAAUGUGGAGCAAACUUAAAUGUAAACUCAAAUUAUUUUGUUUUGUAAAUUGUUCUUUACAUUAGUGUGCAUGUCUGCCAAAGUGUACGGUGAAGUAAAUGAGUACCUGGUGUGCCGAAAUCAAAGUGAAAAAACUUUGCAUUGAUUUUUAGUUGAAAGGAAGGCUUAACUGCCGCACACAACUGCACAGCGGCUCAGCUGUCAAAUAAAUUAUUGUACCCAACAACGACUUGAAGUGCACCCGAGUGUGUCGUAUUCUGUGGUCAUUUGUAGGGAAUCACUUCACAUACUUACGUACGUACUUACAUACUUACCUGUGAAUGUGCGCGCCAUAAAAACAAGCAACCAUACUACCGUUUUAUUUUGUGAAAUUACUCCUUAACGUGCACAGUAACGGAUACUCGUAGUGCUAAAGGAACAUUGAAGCGAAAAAGCAAUGCAACAUUGAGACGCCUCACAAGCAACCGAAUGGGGUCAUUGAUUUUCGUGGUUAUGCUGUUGAAUUGAGUUGCAGCAACAAGCCGCCACAUUAAAUACCAGUCAAGUGAAUCAGGAAAUAAUUUAAAUAAAUCAAAGCUUGUCAGAAAUUCUCCAGAGUAUUGCCUGCGGCCGAGUACGACUUGCACACCUGCUCCACUUUCGAUUGCUCAUCACUGUGUAUGCGAAUGUGAGUGCGGGUGUGUGUUUGGGUGUACGCAUUCACGAGGAUAUAUAUGUCAUUUUGUGGCGAAAACGUGUUAAAAAUUAAUUUGCAUAAAUAGGAAAUAUUUUGCAUUGACAGAGCAAAUAUUUACAAACAUAUGUGCGUUGAAGCACCAAAAAAAAAAAAAAUUCUGCAAUAAAUAAUAGCGAGUCACAAUUGUUGAAAAGUGCAAAUUUCAACGCGUACUUAACGUGAUGAUAUUUAUUUAUUUAUUUGUGAUAAAAUAAGUAAUUGAUUAAUAACAGUGGAAAAUUAACAAAUACAUAACCGCAAACGAACACACACACAUACAUAAGCGGAAGCGGCAGCUUGUGAAAGUGUGGGUGCAAAUAGUGAAAGAAGGUAGUGUGCGCCGCCUAGUUGUGUGCAGCGAUAUUCACCGGGAGAGCGUUUGCGCCUUUUCAAGCCACAGCUAAUAAGAGGAAAUGAAGUAAAUUUUAAAAAGGCAGGAAACUCUUCAAAAAAAAAGGUGGCUUUUGAACGCUGAGUAAGGCUGAGCAAAAGCAGAAAAACAGCAUUUUAAAAGCGUAAAUUAAAUAACAAAGCCACUUUGCUAAGACUUAAGCGCUUUUGUUGUUAUUGCUUAAAAGCCAGUUUCUAUAACACGGAAGUGGCAACACAAAGCAAGUAUUAAAUUGGCAGCAGAAAAAACGGCGCUUUCGUUCAUAAGAGCAUAUACACAAACGAGAAAACAAAAGAGCUGAGAAAAAAUAAAAAAUAGACGGUCAUCAAGCACGAAAAAUAAUUAACAAAAAAAAGCUGCACCGCGUACUGCAUAACGAAGGCAACAUUUGAGCAUACAUACCAUACAUAUAUACAAAUACACAUUCAAGUGUACCCAUUUCGCUAACAAUGCGCUUAAUUUCGCAUAGUAUACAUUGUGGCGCGCAAGCAUAUGCUGCUCGUGGCGCUGCGAACACAAUCAACCAGACCACAACUACCGGUGCCACCACCGCCGCUACAAAAUCCGCCGUUACGAAAUCGCGAUCGACUCAAGCCGCCGUGAAAACAAUUGCCAGCGGAAUGCGUAGUCAACGCACAGCCGACACACCAUUUGCCGCUCGCAUUGACUCGUCGAUGCCUUUGGCUGCUUCACAUUUGGUGGUUAGCUCUUUGGGGCUGCCGUCUGCAAUGACGGCUUCAGCUGCUCCAACUACAUCGCCAUCGUCAUCGUCAUCGUCGCCGUCGUCGUCGUCGUCGUCGUCGUCGUCGUCGUCGUUCACUUUUACGUCAUCCACUUUAUCUCGACGCACCUACAGUGCAUUCAGAAUGAAUUGCCCCAUUUUAAUUGUAAUUAGCCUUGGUUGUAUCCUGCAUGCCAGUCUGCUGUGGAGCGGCGUAGCUGCAGCAAUUUCAAAUCGAGGCACCAACACACGCCCAAUGAGCACUUCACAGACGUCAUCCAUGUCGGGACCGCAGCCGCGUUUUCUCUCGCGCGGCCAUACAUAUCGCGCCGUGGUGGGCGACACACUGCUACUGCCGUGUCAAGUUGAAAAUUUGGGAAAUUUCGUUUUGUUGUGGCGACGCGGCAGCAACGUGCUCACUGCCUCCAAUAUAAUGGUGACAAGGGAUGAGCGCAUAAGACUGAUAGAUGGUUAUAAUUUAGAGAUAUCAGAUUUAGAGCCGCAAGAUGCUGGGGAUUAUGUUUGUCAAAUCAGUGACAAAAUAAAUCGUGAUCAAGUACACACUGUGGAAAUAUUGGUUCCGCCAAGUGUACGCGCUAUACCCACCUCUGGUCAACUGCAAGCACGCAAGGGUGGACCCAUCACUUUGGAGUGCAAGGGGUCUGGAAAUCCUGUACCAUCGAUAUAUUGGACGAAAAAGAGUGGCGCUGGCAAAUCAACAGCACGUAUUGGCGACGGUCCAAUUUUGACACUGGAGAAACUCGAACGUCAACAGGCUGGAGUCUAUCAAUGCACCGCAGACAAUGGAGUUGGCGAACCGGUUACAGUCGAUAUGCGCUUAGAUGUUUUAUAUCCGCCAGAUAUACAAGUGGAAAAGUCUUGGAUACACUCAGGCGAAGGUUUCGAAGCUAAGCUGGUUUGCAUUGUCUACGCUGAUCCAGUGGCUACGGUGUCUUGGUAUCAAAACUCAUUUCCGAUACAAACGACCGAUAGGCGAAUUAUGGCAACAAGAGGAAAUCGCCACACGCUCACCAUACGCCACAUACAACAGGAGGACUUUGGCAACUAUAGCUGUGUGGCCGAAAAUUCACUUGGACGUUCACGCAAAUACAUGGAGCUGUCUGGACGACCCGGUCCAGCUGAAUUUUACUCACCGAAAUGGGGUCGCUCAUCGGACAGCUACAAUCUGACAUGGAAAAUUGAUAGUUACCCACCGUUGGAGGAGGUGCGUCUGCUCUAUAGGCGUGUGUUGAUGAAUGACACAUUCCAACAGCCUGGCAGGUGGCACGAUUUCAUACUAACACCCGAACAUCGCCCCGCUUCGGAGCCACUAACACACAUUAUGUCGUACACUAUAAAAAAUCUACAUCCUGGCGCUUAUUAUGAGGCGAUAGUGCAGGCGAAAAAUCGCUAUGGCUGGAAUGAGGUCAGCGAUAUCUUUCAAUUUAUCGUCGCCAGCAAUACCAUGGACAUACCGCCAGAGGACGCCGAAGUGGUGGCCAGUUCCAAGUCGCGCAGCAAUUCUGCCGCCAUCGGUAGCACGCAUUUCGCACCACACGCGCACAGCCGUACCAUUGCAUGGAGUGCGCUCUUCACCAUCGCCGCAAGUUGCUUACUCCAGCGUCGACUUCGGCAGCGCGAAAGUUCCCUGAAUGUGGGAUAAACGCCGUAAGUGGGCGAACUCAAAGUGGGCGGCAAAUUAAUUUAACGUAAGAUAUGUAAUUCGAUGCUUUUGUUGAUUAUUUAUUUUCAAUUCGAGUGAUAAGCAAAGGAUGCAGUAGAGCAGCAGCAGAAACGGAAGAACAUUUAAAAGUUAAAAGUUAAAUGUUUAAAAUAUCUAUUUGUAAGGCAAACAAGUAGGUGUAUUUAUAAUGGAUAAGCAAAAAAAAACCAUUAAAUGUAUCGAAUAUCUGUAUAAGCAGGGGGAAAACGAGUAAAUGGAUUAAAUAAACUUUGCGGUUAUGUUAUGUGUUUUUAGACAAAAUGGUGUUCACUUAACUUGCGUCAUAUUUUUUCAAAAGGCAUAUAUACGAAGGUACACCAUUAAAUAUAUGUAGCUUAAAGAAAACCGGAGGGACGCGUUGAAAAACAACGCGCAAAAGUUUACGGAAGUUAAGUUAAAAAGCUUUUGAUGUAUAAAUGUGGGUACGUACUAGAGGGCUGCAUGAAUGCAUUCAAAACGGCUUUUGAAUUAUUCAUAUACAAAACGAAUGAAUGAUUUUGGCUUCACAUUUUUUUGAAUUUGAGUGAAUAGCUGUUCUGAUAUUUGUGUCAACAUCACAACAUUCAA